UGUGUGUGUGUGGUGCUGCUUUGACAAUUUUGCUUUGCGGCUGUUUUGGUGGCUGCCAGUUGCACAUUUCCGUUAUAUCCGCCAGACCGCCGUGCAAGAAGCAGCCGCCAGCCACAGCAGCAGCACCGAGCACCGAGCACCGAGCAGCAGCAGCAGCAGCAGCGAGCGAGCGAGCGCGACUAGAACUUGCCAUAAAUGAAAAGUGCACAACACUGCGUAUGAGUAACGUUCGAACAAAAGCCCACGACAAUUGUUAAAAACCAAAAAAAAAAAUAUAAAUCAAAACAGAAAAAAGCUAAAAAAAAAGCAAAAAAAAAAACCAAAUUAUACCAAAGAGAGGGGCCGACAGACGGGGGAGGGAGCACAAGUGCAGCGCCGUCUGCUGUCCGCUGUCCGCUAUCCGCUGCCAACGCUGCCAACGUGCCUCUGCCUGGGCUUUGUUUUGGCUCCAGCCUCGGCUCCAACUUCAGUUCGAAUUGUGGCUCGGAGGCGCAGCCCCCGCGCGGCACUGUAACGCAAAAAAAGAUACAAAAUUGGCCAAAUACGGAACAACAAAUACGGAGAGUACACGCGGCAUGCAUUUUUUUCCAGUGUUCUUAAAAGAGAGUGUGCGUGAAGAGAUUCAGAUCCCGAUUCAUGUUCAGAUCGAGUAAAGUAAAGUGCCAGUGAAGAACCGAAGAACCGAAGAAGCGAAGAACGGCAGUGCAUCCCACAAUCGCCACAAUCGCCAGAAUCGCGCGCAACCCAAAAGCACAGGCCCCAAGGAGCAGCUCCCCAACGACGUCACGCCAGACUCCAGCUGCAGCGAUGCCUGGCCCGGCACUGUGGUCCGGAAUUAUGACACUGAGCCGUGGCCCGUACAGCGAGCUCGAUAAAAUGAGCCUUUUUCAAGACCUCAAACUCAAACGCCGGAAAAUCGAUUCGAGAUGCAGCAGUGACGGAGAGUCCAUUGCGGACACAUCGACCUCGUCGCCGGACCUCCUGGCGCCGAUGUCCCCGAAGCUCUGCGACAGCGGCUCAGCCGGCGCGCUUCCCCUAGCCCUGCCGCUACCACUGCCGCUGCCACUGAGCCUUCCGCUGCCCAUGGCCCUGCCCCUGCCCCUGCCACUCACGACGUCGGCCUCGGCCGCGUCGGUGGCGGUGUCCGUGUCCCUGGCAGCGGCGUCAGCGUCAGCGGGAGCGGGAGCGGGAACGGGAUCUGGAGGCGGAGGCGGAACAACAGCGGCAUCGGCAGCUCACUCCGUGUCCACGUCCAUAUCGGCGGUGGCUUCCUCCUCCACAUCAUCGCUGUCGUCGUCGACGUCCUCCUCCUCCGCCACAUCUUCGUCAUCCUCGCUGUCCGCCUCCUGCCCCAGCAGCAGCACCAUCACCAUCACAUCCAAGGCCGGCCAGGCAGCCGGCUCCGGAGCAAGUAUCAAAAAGGAGCACUCAGAGAUUCACUCCUCCAGCAGCGCGGUGACGACGGCGGCCGCCUCCUCGGCGAUGUCACCGCCGCCUACGGAGCACCAGGCGCGAUCCAGCAGCCCGCCCUCGUCGGAAGCGGGGGGCACUGCAGGAGCACCCAGCGGAGGAUCAGCCAACGGAGGGGGCGCUGGGACGCGGGCCACCCCAACGCCGCCGCAUAACAACGGAGGCGGGGCAUCCAGUUCGAGCAAUGGCGGAGGCAGCAGUCGUGCCUCGCCCGACUCCCUGGAGGAGAAGCCCUCGACGACAACGGGACAGCGGCCCCACACCGGACCCACCAACGGUGUCCUCUCGUCCUCCACCUCCACCUGCUCCUCCGGCACCGCCACCGCCUCCGCCUCCUCAGCUAGCAGCAAGCAGAGCCCGGGCGAGGUCAAUCUGAGCGUGAUCCGAUCCGUCAAGGAGGAGCGCCUGCUCACCGUCUCCACCAAGAUGCUCGCCUUCCAUCAGCAGCGGGAGCGCGAGAGGGAGCAGGAGAGCAAGGCGGCAGCGACAGCAGCGGCAGCGGCGGCAGCGGCCGGGCAUGUGACGGUGCUGGUCACCCCGUCGCGAAUUAAGUCAGAGCCACCGCCACCUGGAUCCCCCUCCUCCACCUCCUCCUCCAACACACAACGAGAGCGGGAGCGGGAGAGGGAGAGGGAACGAGACAGGGAUCGAGACAGAGACAGAGAACGGGAGCGAGAGCGGGAUAGAGACCGGGAUCGGGAUCGGGAUCGCGAAUCCUCCUCGUCCAUCAGCUCCUCCCAGCAGCAUUUGAGCCGGGCUAGUCCGCCCCUGGGCGUGGGUCAUCCCUCCCACGGACCGCUGAGCGGCAGCGGGCACGGGCUAUCCACGGCCAUCGUCCAGACGCACCACCUGCACCAGCAACUGACACAGCCGCUGACCCUGCGGAAGAACAGCCCGCCAAUGGAGCUGCAGCUGGGACAGAGUCCACAGCACCUGCUCAGCCAGUCCAUGCAGCACCUCACCCAGCAGCAACAGCUCCACCUGCAUCACCUACUCGGCCAGCAACAGCAGCAGCAGCAAUCGCCCCACCAGCAGCAGCAGCAGCAGCACUCGCCCCACUCCCUGGUGCGGGUGAAGAAGGAGCCGAAUGCGGGAACACACACGGGAACACAGCGGCACCUCUCGCCGCACCAUCAGCAGCAGUCGCCGCACAUGCAGCACCACCAGCAGCAGCAGCAGCAACAGCAGCACCACCAGCAGCAGCAGCAGAGAGAGCCGCCACCGCAGGCGCUGGCACUGAUGCAUUCGUCGCUCUCCCUGCGCCACCCCAACCGGGACGCGGCUAUCCUCUUCCGGGUGAAGAGCGAGGUGCACCAGCAGGUGGCGGUGGGUCUGCCCCAUCUAAUGCAGUCCGCGGGCGGAGCAGCAGCGGCCGCGGCGGUGGCCGCCCAAAGGAUGGUCUGCUUCAGCAACGCGCGAAUCAAUGGCGUUAAGCCGGAGGUGAUUGGCGGCCCCCUGGGAAACCUGCGUCCCGUUGGUGGUGGCGUGGGCGGAGUGGGAGGCAAUGGCGGCUCGGUACAGUGCCCGUCGCCGCACCCCUCGUCGUCGUCCUCCUCGUCGCAGCUGUCCCCCCAGACGCCCUCGCAGACGCCGCCGCGCGGCACGCCUACCGUCAUCAUGGGUGAGAGCUGUGGCGUCCGGACCAUGGUCUGGGGCUACGAGCCCCCGCCGCCCUCAUCUGGCCAAGGACCGCCCCACUCCCAUCCGCAUCCACAUCCGCAGCAACAGCAGCUGCAGCAGCCACAGUCGCCCCACCAGCAACAGCAGCAGCAGCAGCAACAACAGCAGCAACAGCAGCAGCAGCAGCAUCAACAGCAGCAGCAGCAGCAGGGCGGCGUGGUCAGUCAGGUGCAGCACUGCCUCCAGGCGGCACUGCCGUCGCCCUCCGCAGGUUCCAUCACACCCUCCCACUCGUCCGGCGGCGGUGGAUCGGGUAGCGGAUCUUUGACACCGUCGGGGUCGUCGAGCACGGGGCCGCAGAACAACGAAGAGGCGGCCCAGCUGCUCCUCUCCCUCGGACAGAGCCGCAUCCAGGACAUGCGGUCGCGCCCCCAUCCUUUCCGCACCCCUCACGCCCUCAAUAUGGAGCGGCUGUGGGCGGGCGACUACUCGCAGCUGCCGCCCGGACAGCUCCAGGCGCUGAACCUCAGCGCCCAGCAGCAGUGGGGCAGCUCCAACUCGUCCGGCGUGGGCGGAGUGGGUGCGGGCGGAGCCGGCGGCCGAGGCGGGGGCCUCGACGCGCCGCACGAGCCCACGGACGAGGACGAACAGCCUCUGGUUUGCAUGAUCUGCGAGGACAAGGCCACUGGCCUGCACUACGGCAUCAUCACCUGCGAGGGCUGCAAGGGCUUCUUCAAGCGCACGGUGCAGAACCGACGCGUCUACACCUGCGUGGCGGACGGCACCUGCGAAAUAACCAAAGCACAGCGCAACCGUUGUCAGUAUUGUCGAUUUAAGAAAUGCAUUGAGCAGGGCAUGGUGCUGCAGGCCGUUCGGGAGGACCGCAUGCCAGGCGGACGCAACAGCGGCGCCGUCUACAACCUGUACAAGGUCAAGUACAAGAAGCACAAGAAGACGAAUCAGAAGCAGCAGCAGCAGCAGGCCGCCCAGCAGCAACAGCAGCAACAGCAACAGCAGCAGCAGCACCAGCAGCAGCAGCAGAUGCACUCGCCCAUCCACCAUCACCACCAGCACCAGCAACACCAGCAGCAUCAGCAGCACCACCAGCAGCACCACCACAACCAGCAUCAGCAGCAAUUGCAGGCCCAGCUCUCGCCCCACCACCUGCUCUCGCCGCAGCAGCAGCAACUGGCAGCCGCCGUGGCAGCCGCGGCCCAGCAUCAGCACCAGCAACAGCAGCAGCAGCAACAGCAACAGCAACAACAGCAGCAGCAGCAACAGUCAAAGCUGAUGGGCGGCGGCGUGGACAUGAAACCCAUGUUCCUGGGGCCCGUGCUUAAGUCGGAGCUGCUUCAAGCGCAGCCGAUGCACAGCCCGGCCCAGCAGCAGCAGCAGCAACAGCAGCAAUCGUCACCGCAUCUGUCCCUUAGCUCGCCCCUGCAGCAGGGGCAGCAGCAGCAGCAAGGACAGGGACAGGGUCAGCAGCACCACAACCACCAUCAACAUCCCGCUGGGGGCGGUGCAGCCGCACAGCCAUCGCUGCCGCCGCACCUGAUGAACGGCACCAUACUGAAGACGGCCCUGACCAAUCCCAGCGAGAUAGUGCACCUGCGCCAUCGGCUGGACUCGGCGGUGAGCUCGUCCAAGGACAGACAAAUCUCGUACGAGCACGCGUUGGCCAUGAUCCAGACGCUGAUCGACUGCGACGCCAUGGAGGACAUCGCCACGCUGCCGCACUUCAGCGAGUUCCUCGAGGACAAAUCGGAGAUCAGCGAGAAGCUGUGCAACAUCGGCGACUCGAUCGUGCACAAGCUGGUAUCGUGGACGAAGAAGCUGCCCUUCUACCUGGAGAUCCCCGUGGAGAUCCACACCAAGCUGCUGACCGACAAGUGGCACGAGAUCCUCAUCCUCACCACGGCCGCCUACCAGGCGCUGCACGGCAAGCGCUCCAGCCAAUCCGGAGCGGGAUCGGCGGCCACGGGAGCGUCAGUCGGAGCCGGAGCCGGAGUCGGCAAUGCCAACAACCAUGGAAGUCGUCAUGGCUCACCCGCCUCCACGCCGACGCCCACGCAGACCUCAAUGUCGAUGUCCUCGCCCGCCCAGCCCCUGCACAAGGACGAUCCGGAAUUCGUGAGCGAGGUCAACUCCCAUCUGAGCACCCUGCAGACCUGCCUGACCACGCUGAUGGGCCAGCCCAUCGCCAUGGAGCAGCUGAAGCUGGACGUCGGCCACAUGGUGGACAAGAUGACCCAGAUCACGAUCAUGUUCCGGCGCAUCAAGCUCAAGAUGGAGGAGUACGUCUGCCUCAAGGUCUACAUUCUCCUGAACAAAGCAGAAGUGGAACUGGAAAGCAUUCAGGAGCGGUAUAUCCAGGUGCUUCGCUCCUACCUUCAGAACUCGUCGCCCCAGAACCCCCAGGCGAGGCUCAGCGAGCUGCUCUCGCACAUACCAGAGAUCCAGGCUGCUGCCAGCCUGUUGCUCGAGAGCAAAAUGUUCUAUGUGCCCUUCGUGCUCAACUCGGCGAGCAUAAGGUAGCAGAUGCUUGAGCACGGCCUGCUGCCCACCACCAACCACCUUCCAGCACCAGCCCCAGCACCAUCUCCGACUUCAUGCGGACCACCGGCUGCAGUUACGGAGGCGGUGCAGGAGCGGCAGCAGCAGCAGCAGCAACAGCAGGAGCAGGAGCAGUCAGCAGGUGCAGCGGCAGUGCGGCGCAGGAGCCGGACCACCCAGCAGGCUCAGCUGCGGGACCUGCCCAAGAUUAAAAUCGAAAUCGGGAUCCCCAGGGAGCAGCAGCAGCCGCAGUUGCAAGGCAGGCCAACAUCCACCCCCACGUCAACGUCAACGUCAACGUCCACGUCCAUACUGAAGACUUCGCUGCUGAGUGGGGCGGCGGCCACUUUGGCCACCCUCACGGCAGCUGCCGAGCAGAUUGCACGAUCAUCGACCACAGCCAACGACACUGCCAUGGACUACUCCCACAGCAACAACAGCAGCAGCAGCGGCAGCGGCAGCUACCACAGCGGCAACAGUUUAGAAGAGAGCAAAAGACUUGAGCAUAAACAACUGCAACAACAACCACAGCAGCAGCAACAACAGCAACAACAGCAUCAAUAUACAUCAAUUCUACAAACGGCCUUAAUGUCACAUCGCCCCAUGCCAGCCGCAACAUCCUCGGAAAUAGCACCAGCAACUGCCACGGCGGUAGCCACGGCAUUGACCAAGACCAAGACGAUGCCCACGUCACCGACACCUGCCCACGUGCUGAAGACGGCGGUGACAUUGGCCAAUCUAAGUGAGAUUGCCACUGCACGCCAGCAGAAGCAGCAAUUGCUGGCGUUGCAACAGCAACAGAAACUGCCCAGAAGGAUAAUCAAUUUUACAAGCAACACUGCCACAAAAGGAUUGGGAAUGGGAUUGGGAGCGGUAACAGGAACGGGAACGGGAACGGGCAUGGCGACGUCAGUAACCAAACAAUUGCCAUCUGCAACAGCUACAGCCACAGCAACAUCAACAGCAACAGCAACAGCCACGUUGAGCGACAAGCUGGGUCACAGUCAGAGUCACAGUCAGAGCCAAAGUCAGAUGGCAAAUGAUCGAACAUCGGCGCGGCUGCUCAACGGCCACUGUAGCAGCCGCACCCGCACGGGAACAACUAGUGACGUAGCAACGGGUGGACUAUCAGUAGCUAUCCACACUGCCGACAUGCACACACAGACCGAUGAUGAGCUGCCACUUUUGGACAGUGCCAUGCCCCAGAUAGCUCCUACAGCAACUGCAACUGCAACACCAUCAUCAUCAUCAUCAUCAUCAUCAUCACCAUCAACAACAACAUCAGCAUCGACUUCAUUAUCAUCUCGCGCAGCAAUGCAGCAACAACAAUGGACUGCCGUGUCGACGACGCCAGCAACAGGAAUGAUGAUGACGACGACGACACAACAAUCACAAGCAACAUUAGCACCACCACCAAGAACCACAAGAACCACAACCACAACCACAACCACAAGAACAACAACAGCAAGAACAACAUCCACACCAGCACCACAAAACAAUACCAAUACCAAUACCAAUACCAAUACCAACAGCAACAACAACAACAACAACAACAAGAAUUACAACAAUAGUAAUAAUAAUAGGAAUGCCACUGCCACAGCCACAGCCACUGCCACGCCCACACGUGGGCCCCAGCGCACGCCCGCGACCUCAGCUUCUGUUACUGUAGUUGUGUUCAAAACAAUGUUACCUGAUGACUGAAUUAUUUUAGAAUCGUACACGUAGAGCAUGUUUUAUUAUGAUUAUGAUUAUCAUUAUGAUUAUGAUUAUGAAUACGGUUACGAUAUGAUUACCACUUAUGAUUAUGCUUAUGCUUAUGCCUACGAUUAUCAUUAACUAUUAACUAUUAGUUGUUAGUUAUUAUGGAUUCAUUGAUUAUGGACUAUUAUUACUAUUACUAUAGCUUACUAUUGCUACAUGCAUAAUGUAGAGCCUAAUGUCUGUCGUGAGGUCUGGUUUUUAUGUAGCCAGCCCAUCAUCGAUCACCCUGUACUAUAUCCCGCAACGUAAACACACUCACAUACAUACAAACAUACAAACAAAAGCAUUGAUCCUCACUCACAACCCACACCCACAUCCACAUCCACAGCUACACCCCACACAGAGAGAAUCUUCUAACCUAAAAGUGGGGUUCAAGAAUUAAUCAUGUAAUCAUUUUUUAUUGUUUACCCAGCUCUGCGGGGAGGAGGAGACAGAGAAGGAGAGUUAGAGAGAUAGAGAGGAGCAUUGAGAUUGGAGAAGAGUGUUAACAUCUAUGCAUAACGAGUACGAUAACGAGUAUGUAGCGAGUAUGUAACGAGUAUGUAAUGAAUAUUUAAUGUUUAUGUAGCCACAAUGCCACACACAGCUAUAGCCAAGCAUUUAGGAUGCGCGCAUAUGUCAGAUAAUAAUUUUUUUUUUUUUAAUCUAUGUAAAGACUAGAAAUAUAUAAAUGUAUGUAUUGUAAAAUGGUGAAGCACCGACAGAAAAGAAAACGAGCGAGCAAGAAAGGUAACAAGAGGUAACGAGAGAUGAGAAACCAACCACAUAAAGUAUAAAUAGUAGAGUCCAUGUAGCAUAGAAACCAUCAUCCUUGUAAGGCCUUGUGUAGUAGAGAAAUUUUCGAUGAAGCUGCGGACAACUCCGAGUGGGUGGGCUCUCCAUAGGAGUGCAGGAUCACACAGUACCACUCAGAGUCGUUCACACACGGGGAGUAUAAUAUGUUAUGUUGUUAGUUCCCCUUCCAAACCACGCCGAUCCCAAGACCCAGCCCCAGCCACAGCCCCACCCCAACCCUCCCCUCACAUGUUAUAUACAUACAUACUAGAUAUAUAUAUAUAUAUAUACUAUAUUAUAUACUACUAUAUGUAUAUGGUUGGGAGUAGAUACUGCCACAGCAUAAUGCAUCUUACUUUGACGACCCUCACAUUUGCCCGAUUAUUUAUCGUAUUGUGUGUGGGGGCGUGGGCAAGGGCGAGGGCGAGCGCGAGCGCGAGGGUGGGUGAAAAGAAGGUGAACAAAAGUGAGAAAGUGGGGUGGCAGAGACACACACAUAUAUACAUAUAUAAUACGAGCAGAAAGGAGCACACCCACACACAAACACACACUAUACCUAUACCUAAGUUAAGAACGCAUAAUCACGAUUUUACAUAUAGGAUAUACCAAUGUAUGCAUACAACACCGACCCACACAUACACAUAAAUCUAGCUCUAAUUAUGCAUAUUAUUUUUUUUUUAAUAUACAUACAUACCUACAUAUAUACACAUCCACACUUAUAUAUGUAUAUGCAUAUAUAUAUAUAUACAUAUGUAUUUAUAUACAGAUUUAUAUAUAUGUAUGGAUACUACACAUAAAUUACGCAUAGAGCAUACAUACAAGAGGAAAAUGAAUGAUGAGAAAUGAAAGAAAAACUAAGGAAAAACAAAGAAAUGAAGAGCAAAGGAUUUUUUGUUAAGACGAUUACGCAAUUUUAAAUCGUAAUCGUGUUGUCGUAACCCUAUUCGCCUAUCGCCCAUGGCGAUAUUGAUGCCCGGAUUGUUAUCGAUAUCGUCGUACUACGUUUUAUUUUGUAAAUGUAUUAAUUUUGUUGAUUUUUUUGCUGUCUGUAUACAUUUUUUUAACAACAUUUUUGAAUAAAUGUAAUUCUUAAAAAGUUGUUCUUUUCCA